GGUCUCGUUGCCUGCAUGAGUGUCUGCUGCCUGCCUGCCUGACUCUGGACCGUAGUUUGCCAGCUUUCCUGCCGUCGCUCCGCAGCUGGAUGGCGUGGGACAUGUGCAACCAGGACUCUGUAUGGAGUGAUCUCGAGUGUGCUGCUCUGGUUGGCGAAGACCAGCCUCUUUGCCCAGAUCUCCCAGAACUUGACCUCUCUGAACUAGAUGUGAAUGACCUGGACGCAGACAGCUUUCUGGGGGGACUCAAGUGGUACAGUGACCAGUCAGAGAUCAUCUCCAAUCAGUACAGCAAUGAACCCGCCAAUAUAUUUGAGAAGAUAGAUGAAGAGAGCGAGGCAAACUUGCUAGCCGUUCUCACUGAAACGCUGGACAGCAUCCCUGUGGAUGAGGAUGGAUUGCCUUCAUUUGAUGCACUGACAGAUGGAGAUGUGACCAACGAAAAUGCCACUAGCCCUUCCCCAAUGCCCGACGGCACCCCUCCAACUCAGGAGGCAGAAGAGCCGUCUCUACUUAAGAAGCUCUUGCUGGCUCCAGCCAACACUCAGCUAAAUUACAAUGAAUGCAGUGGUCUCAGCACACAAAACCAUGCAAACACUAAUCACAGGAUCAGAACAAGCCCUGUGGUUGUUAAGACUGAGAAUUCAUGGAGCAAUAAAGCGAAGAGCAUUUGUCAACAGCAAAAGCCUCAAAGACGUCCGUGCUCUGAACUUCUCAAAUAUCUGACUACAAAUGAUGACCCUCCUCAGACCAAACCAGCAGAGAACAGGAACAGCAGCAAAGAGAAAUGCACCUCCAAAAGGAAGCCCCAUCUGCAGUCUCAGACAAAUCAUCUGCAAGCCAAACCAACAAGUUUAUCACUUCCAUUGACGCCCGAGUCACCAAAUGAUCCCAAGGGUUCCCCAUUUGAGAACAAGACUAUUGAACAAACCUUAAGUGUGGAACUCUCUGGAACUGCAGGCCUAACUCCACCUACGACCCCUCCUCAUAAAGCCAACCAGGAUAAUCCUUUUAGGACUUCACCUAAGACGAAGUCAUCAUGCAAGACUGUUGUACCACCUUCAAAAAAGCCCCGCUAUAGUGAGUCUUCCAGUUCUCAAGGAAAUAACCCAAUCAAGAAGGGUCCAGAACAGUCUGAGCUGUAUGCACAGCUUAGCAAGACUACAGUCCUGUCCAGUGGACAUGAGGAGAGAAAGACAAAACGGCCCAGUUUGCGGCUGUUUGGUGACCAUGACUACUGUCAAUCUGUGAAUUCAAAAUCGGAAAUACACAUUAAAAUAUCCCAGGAACUUCAGGACUCCAGACAACUAGAAUUUAAGGAUUCUUCACCUGGGUGGCAGUGUCAGAUUUGUUCUUCUUUAGAACAAGACCAGUAUUUCAAGAAAGAGACUUUACAGACAAGUAAGCAGGGAUCCCAUGGUAAUAAUAGAAAACAGCUCCAAGACCAGGAAAUUCGGGCUGAACUGAAUAAGCAUUUUGGUCACCCCAGCCAAGCUGUUUUUGAUGAAGAAGCAGAUAAGACCAGAGAACUAAGGGACAGUGAUUACAGUAAUGAACAAUUCUCCAAACUACCUAUGUUUAUAAAUUCAGGACUAGCAAUGGAUGGUCUCUUUGAUGACAGUGAAGAUGAAAGUGAUAAACUAUGCUACCCUUGGGAUGGGACACAAGCCUAUUCAUUAUUUGAUGUAUCGCCUUCUUGCUCUUCUUUUAACUCUCCAUGCAGAGAUUCAGUGUCUCCACCCAAAUCCUUAUUUUCUCAAAGAUCCCAAAGGACACGCUCUAGAUCAAGGUCCUUUCCUCAACGCAGGUCUUGUUCCCGUUCUCCAUAUUCCCGAUCGAGAUCAAGGUCGCCCUGUAGUAGAUCCUCUUCAAGAUCUUGUUGCUAUUGUGAGUCCAGCCACUGUAGACACCGAGCAUACAGAAGUUCUCCCUUAUGUGCAAGAUCGCGGUCCAGAUCACCGUACAGUCGCAGACCCAGAUAUGACAGCUAUGAGGAAUAUCAGCAUGAAAGGCUGAAGAGGGAAGAAUACCGCAAAGAGUAUGAAAAACGGGAAUCUGAAAGGGCCAAACAAAGGGAGAGACAGAGGCAGAAAGCAAUUGAAGAACGUCGUGUGAUUUAUCUGGGUAAAAUCAGACCUGACACAACUCGAACAGAACUGAGGGACCGAUUUGAAGUUUUUGGUGAAAUUGAGGAGUGCACAGUAAAUUUGCGGGAUGAUGGAGACAGCUAUGGUUUCAUCACCUACCGCUAUACUUGUGACGCCUUUGCUGCUCUUGAAAACGGAUACACUUUACGCAGGUCAAACGAACCUGACUUUGAGCUGUACUUUUGUGGACGCAAGCAAUUUUGCAAGUCUAACUAUGCAGACCUAGAUUCAAACUCAGAUGAUUUUGAUCCUGCUUCCACUAAAAGCAAGUAUGACUCCAUGGAUUUUGAUAGUUUACUUAAAGAGGCACAGCGGAGCCUGCGUAGGUAACAUGCAUCACACCUGAGGAAAAUGGAGGGAUGGCGAAUACCUCACGGACAUCACGUCCUUCAAUAAUGGACAAUUAAAAAGUCAUACUUGGGAAUUUCUCCUACUUUACACUCUC